CGAAGAAGAAGAAGAAAACAUCAGUGUAGUCAUGUAACGUUAAGCAAGGUUACCACGAAGAUACUAGAGAGGAAUAUGAAUAUCACUUGACAUAAACACACUUUCAUCUUAUCUCGGUCGUCAUGGGCGUCCGCUGUCUCCUGUCCUCCGCUGCACGAAGCUUCAUUCUGCAGAGUCCCUCCGGCGGUCCGCUCUGCUCCCGGCUGCUGGGCCCCAGAUCCGCCACAAGACAUAUGUCCUCCAAAAGUGAAAUGGACCAUCUAGAGAGAACAUCGAGCAACUACAGACAAAAUGCUCUGUAUCCAGCUCAAGUAUGCGGCAUCAUGGACGAGUCAGAGACCGUGAAACGUUUGAGAAUAGCCGUUCACCCAGACUUCAGCUUCAAAGCAGGACAGUGGGUGGAUUUCUUCAUCCCCGGCGUGGAGACGGUGGGCGGUUUCUCCAUGUGCUCCAGCCCGGAUUUGCUGCAGAGGGAGGGCGUUGUUGAAUUGGCCGUCAAAUACACCAAACACCCUCCAGCACACUGGAUCCACACCAUGUGUACAGUGGGCUCUCGAGUGGCCAUGCGUGUCGGCGGGGACUUCUUCUUCAACCCGUCGCCCUCUGACCCCUCCGUGGAUUUGCUGCUGUUGGCCGGCGGCGUGGGGAUCAACCCCUUGUACUCCAUCCUGUUGCACACAAGUGGUCUGCUGCAUCUCAAUCAGGCCUCUGGUGGGCGGGACUAUAAGAUAGGCUCUGCCCACCUCUGCUACAGCGCCAAGAACACCCAGGAACUGCUCUUUAAGAGCUCCAUCAUCGAGGCGUGUCGGGAGUUCCCUGACAAGCUCUCCUGUGACCUCCACGUCACGCAACAGAGCACAGACGUCGACUCGCACCUCCAGCCAUUUAUCAACCGCGGGAGAAUCACAGAGGAGGAGUUGCGGGCUCACGUGGACCCGCAGAGGACUUUGUGUUACCUGUGUGGGCCCCGGCCCAUGAUCGAAGGACUUUCAAAAACCCUCAUGGACCUCGGCCUCACUAAAGACAGAAUCCUCUUCGAGAAGUGGUGGUAGAACCUUCCAGGAUUCUCAGAAAGCUCCUUCGGGGGGAGGAAGUAUGGGGUAUGGUGAGAAUGGAAAACGAGUAAUAUUUAAGAGAUAAGGACAUUUAAAUGAGGAAAUUCACCCUCCCAUCACUGCUACUGCAACCUGGGCCUGAUCCGGGAUAGACCGUUGGGACCACCCACACUGAAGAUAGCAGCUGACUCACAAUAGAUGGGAGAGGAGUUUUAUCUCUCAUUUUUUAAAAUGAGGACUGAGCACACCUAUAAAAUCUCAAUUCAAGCGAGACAUUUCAAAGCUCACUGCUGAAUUUUUACAACUUCUGUAACUCUGUGUAUGAUAGAAACACCAUUUCACAGCUGUUGCAUAUCUUCAUAUCUGAUAUCAUUUCCAGUCUGUAUUUGCUUGACUUUGGUUUUGCUCAAACAAAUGAAUAGGUGGUGUUAAGUCUUACCUUAAAUUUCCACCUAAAUGUUAGGGCACUAAUCUACCUAUGCAAGCAGGUCUUAAUGCAAAAAUGUGUCAUUUUUCGGGAAUAGAUCCUUGCCAAGAGUUAGAUGAGUAUAAGCCCUGGGUAGAGUGUAAAAAAAACCCGGGUUAUGGUUUUAUGGGGGGGGUUAUGUGCCAAACUAUAUCCAGAAAGUCUCUGCACCCAUACAGGAACUAGUCAGGCACAUAACUUUAAAAAGUGCUUUAAAAAAAGCACUGCACUGUUUUUUUACGGAUGAAACAAGCAAGAUAUAACAUGUUUUAUAGUGAGCUUUAAGCAGAUUUUGUAAACUUCAGAGUCAGCUUUAGCUUCAUAUUUAGCGUACAGAUGUGAGAGUGGUAUUGAUCUCAUCUAACUCUCGGCUUGACAGUGAACAUGUGCAAUACGCAAAAUGUCAAACAAUUGUUUUUAAGUCAACAGGAUACAGAAGAUCAGUGCAAACUAGAAAUCUGUACUGUUAUUUUACACAACUGUAUCAUUGUCUUCUAUCAAAAUACCUCUGCUGAUGUGAUCUUAGAAGUGUUAUACUAUGUGUAUAUAUAUAUAUAUAUAACUUAGAGAUAUUUAUUUGCAGAACUACAUAUUUUACAGUUGGUUGGCUGAUGUAUUUGACUGAGUUACAUUGGAUUGUUUUUCACAUUUCACUCUCAUGCAAACUUCACACCCAGUAUAUUUUUAGAGAAAAAAAAAACAACCUAACAGUCUCCCACAUAUUGGCCGGCGUCCCUGCCGCUAUCAUACACUAUUACAUGCAUACACAAUGCUUAUCUCACAUACACGUUUACUCAAUUACACACAUUCACAUACCCGUAAACAGUUCUAGUCCCCGGGUGGAGUGAGUGUCCCAUGGUGCACUGUAAUGGAACCUCCAGGUGGUCUCUGAUUGGCUCGGAUCACUGAACAUCCCUCGGAGAUGGUUGCGAGCUUCUUGUUGCGUCUCUCAGUGGGGGUCACGCUGUUGACUCAUUUUCGAGUUGUUUUUGCGUUUCUUCCUCAAAUGAGGAAAACAGUUUGUGCUGAUAACGUGAGAUUUAAAGGAAAUAAAAUAAAUUGAGUCAAUCUGUUUUUUAAACACUUUAUUGACCUCUGUUUUUAUAUAAAGACUCACAUGUCACACUACUUAGACACGACACAUGUGGUCCAGGAAGAAAGUAAUAAAUAGUUGUUUCUAAUUUACACAUAUUCUCAAAAGAAUCCUUUAAAAGGUUAGUUCUCACAAAUUAAAAAAAAAUCAUUUUUUUUGGCCUCUUGUAUCCAACAAAGCAGACAUUUUGGUUUUGAGACAUCAGUCUCUGAUAAUUGUGCUACCACUACUCUUACUGUGAUACGCUUUUAUAUGAACUGCUUUCUACUUAAGUAAUAGUAAGAAAAGUGUCGACCAUGUGUUCGGAGGAGUAUCUGGGACAUUCUGGAAAGAGAUGUUCAGGUUUCAUUUUUUUCAUGUAUUUAACGAGCACCACAAACAAAUUCCCUUUCAGCUCCAUUGAUUUGAGUUGGAGGAAGAUCAGAGAUGGAUAUUGCAAAACCUGGCCAAAG